AACGACUCGAGCUCAGUCUUCGAUAAACGAUCGAAGCGUAUGGACGUAAGCUUUCUUCCUUCCUGCUAGACUGCAAUUUUUAAUCCAAGCGAAUUUGCAACAAAAUAAUCAAAAAUUCAAUUGUGCGCACCGAGUAUUUUUUUUUCAAUCAUCAAGACCAAAUACCACAGAAGAGUCAAAAAAAAUUAGGUCAUUUCAGCAUCCGACGACUACGACGAGAAGAGAGUUCAUCGUAGCAUCCAAAUAAGAAGAAAGAAACCUGUGAACUACAUCUCUUAUCGCUUAUCGUUGUAAUUGGUUUUUUACCAAGUAUCAUUGGAUGCAAAGAAAAAUAGCCCACGGGUCAGGAUAAUAGCAAUCAUCACCUGAUCCACCAGCGGACAGUCAAGUACGGGAUUUGAAGUGAAGAAAAUACCUACGUCCAUAUUGUGUGUAAAUGUUUUAUAAUCUUCUGAAGUGUUACAAGUACGAGUGAAAGAGGUUUAGCCAAUCGCAAAGACACUUGAUUCUACUAAAGAGUCUCCAGUGCCUCGUAAAAAUACCCUGAAUACUAUGCGACAAAGGAUAUUCUUACUACACUAACGAUUCAGUUUCAAGGGUUGAAAAUCUAGACCAAGCAAAAGGACCCGGAGGCGCCAAAGGACGAAACGGACGGACCCUGCGACAACACGAGUGUGUAGAACGCGGGUAGAAGCAACACCAAACGAGCUAGUACAAAUUCUUUGUGCGAAUGUGAACAAGAAAACGAAUACGUAUCGGUAAUUAACGUGAAAAUCAACAAAAAAAAAAGGUUAAGCCGGCUUGUUUGGACAGUCUCCUAUAAAUACGCUAGAUAUUCAUAGGACAACUUUUUUUCUCCCAUUCGUGUGUUCUGUACCCGUCGAAGAAAGUUGGCGUCGUUGCCGGAGAGUAAAUCCGAUCCGAGUCUUGUUGUUGCGGUUCAACCCCAAGCCCAACCCAACUCAACCCCGUCGUUGGACUGUAAAAAUCGUGUCGUGAAAAAAUCGAGCAAGUGUUUUUUUUUCUGUCGCGAGUGUGAGAAGAAAAAUUGAUUCUGAACUGUCUGUCUUUGGAUAUUUGCAAACGAACCCAGGGGUAAACUUUCGCCUGCAAAUUCUAUCAUCACAUCGGACCAACGUACCUUUCGAGUUUAUUGAGGCCACUGGAACCGUCGUGCUCGGCUGUUGUUGUCGUGAUCUCCCGCGUUAAUCUCGGCUGCCGCACCCGCGAAUGCCAGCUUUUGCCGAGAUGCUGGUAUCACAGAGUCCUCCCGUCUACAGUCAUUCACUGGUAGAUUACAUCUCGAGUCAAACGGACCACAGUGAGGCGCCUUACGCGUUUAACGGCGGGCCCAAAGCAACCAGUACGCUUAGCAGCUUUUGCCGACCUGCGUCGCUCAAACUGACGCCACCGCCUCUGCGCCGACAGCCGACGCCAGCCAACCUAGCCGCGAUGCCCGCGUCGCCUAGGAGAUCAUGUCUGGUGGUUCGACCCGAAGAUCUGAGUCCGGAAGAGGAACGCCCCCUUAUUGAGCUGGACAGUCCCACGGAUGUGAGCGAUAAAAACCGGCUUAGCAGCAAGAAGAAGGUUGUUUUUGCUGACGACCAGGGUGGGCAGUUGACGCAGGUUCGGGUGAUGAGGGAACCAUCCUACAUGCCCCCGAUCUGGAGCUUGCAGUUUCUGGCGCACGUCACCCAGGGCCUAAUUAGUCCGGUUCCACAGGAACAGUGGAUUGUGGAUUUCCGGCAGCCAGCCAGUGCUUAUCUGGAGUUCCGAGCCAAAGUGGACGAACACAACGUAUCGCUCGAGAACGUCAUCAUCAAGGAAACGGAACAUCUGAUCGUCGGCACGGUGAAGGUGAAAAACGUCAGCUACCACAAGCAGGUGAUCGUCCGGUCGUCCUGCGAUGGCUGGAAGACCCACGAGGACACCUACUGCACGUACACCUUGGUUGGAAGUGGCGCUGCCUCCGCCUACACCUUGUACGAUACCUUCUCCUUCAAGCUGACUCUUCCGCCUAAAUCCAGGCGGAUUGAGUUCUGCGUCUGCUUCAAAUGUGAUAUCGGCGAGUUCUGGGAUAAUAACGACGGUCACAAUUACUCACUCACGAAUCGUGUCAUGCCCCGCCAAGACUCCAGCAUCUUCUUCACCGCGCACAACGCCUUCAGCAGUAGUAACAACGCCUCUCGAAACAACCUCAGCACGAACGGGGAUCAGAGUUCUGCCACAAACAACGACACCAACAAUAACAGCACCGCGACUAGCCUAAGCGACUACAGUUCGCCUUUCGUGGACCCGGCGGCCGAGCUGGACACGUGGCGUCACAUGUCCACGGAAACGCACAGCGGGCCAUAUUGUUUGGACCUUCAAGAAAGCCCAUACGAUUCGUUGGAACCCCCGUCGUUUACCCGGUCGUCAUCUUCGGACGAAGUAACGGAUGACAUGCAGAAACAUCUAGAAACCGGUUCGCCCAAACUUUCACGCCGACGUUAUUCGGAGCAGCCGUCCCCGUUCGAUGAGGACUUCUGCUUCAAAUCCCGUCCCCAAAAUAUUCCGAACCGACGGGCCAGCCUUCCAAGGCAGGAGUACAACAUUAGAGAGCGCAAAGAAACCGACGAUCUACUGGUGAAUUUGCUCAACCUCCGGAAGUUAAUGCUUGGCCAGCAGAACAUGCGGAUUUAAGCCGUUUCCUACAUCCUUUCCCCGGAGUUAUACUCGUACUAAAAACUAUCGCUGCAGCUACACAACCACAGAAAAAAAAAUGGGCAGCCGUUUGUGUUUGUUUCGGAGCAUAGGAUGAUUAAUUUUAUUUAAUAUUUGUUGAAGUGACUCUGUUAACUGUUUUAAUGUCUACAUUUAUAUUUAUACUGUGAGCGAGAGAUGGAUCACGCUAGGGGAAAGUAAAAUGAUGCAAAUUUGGCUUGCUGAACAUCAGACAACUUCUGUGGACUGAGCCGUUCAUCUAGAUUGCUUAACGACAGUACCCGUUAACUUAGUGGAAGGAGAUUUCGGAACAGGUCCAGCAUCGAGAUUGAAGAUAUUUAUUUAUUUUUGACAAAUACAUUUUUUCCUAUAGAGUUUAGAGGCGAUUCUGAGCUUGUUCCGAGACAUCUCCAGCUGGGAAAAUGGCAGAAUGUUUACAUUUUCCUGCAGUGAAAAUCAAAAGUUCAAUCACAACAAAAUGGAAAGGAAAGAAACUAGCAAUCUACAAUAGGUAAAUUUAAAAAAAUCAAAACAACAGUUCUAAUCAAUAUGAGAUGAAAAAAAAAUAAGAACAAAAAAUCUAAUCAACAACGAUGAUGAAGGAGAUAUCGACAGGAAGAAUACAUAUGUAAACCAAAAGACUGAUUGUGUCCACAAAUUAAAUUUAUGUGCAUACGAAGCCACAGUGCAAAACUAUUUGAGUGAGAUGCGUUCCGAAACGAUGCGCGCGUUUGCGUUUAGAGGAACAUGAGAAAGGUUUUUAUGGAGAUAGGGCAGCAGAAUCAACAAUCUGAUAAGAAAACAUCCGCCUAGAUGAAAGUUUAUUUUUAUGUUAUCAUUAUUGUUAUUUUUUAACUGUAAAAUUCUGUUUCUUGCGUAGGAUUGAGCUAAAUGAUACGAAUGUCGAAUUAAGUCAGAUUAUGAAUUGCAUAGAAACAGUCAUCCCACUGCUCAAAAAGCCAUAAUAAAUCUUAAAUCACAUAUGAUUAGAUAAAUAUCAAACUCACGAAAAUAUUCAUCAACUGCACCGACUCCUUUCUCGUAAAAAUAACUCUGCAAGCUUGUAAACCCCAGAAAUGGGUGUAAGACUAUGAACAAAAGACUUGUGCCGUGUCCGAAAAUUUUCAAUGCUUGAAAAUCUAGAAAGACAAUCUUAUAUAUGUAGCAUUCUUUUAUUUUCAAACAAGACCUCAGCGCUCUUACGAGUUUGCGUUAGUUUCAAGAGAUUGAGAAAGAGGAGUCACGUGCAUAGUAAAAAUAGAUCAGACAUACUACUAAAAUAACUACUAUCGAAACUGACCUGUGUUGUACUCAGUAGAUUACUUCUAAUUCGAUACGAUUUACGUAAGCUUGGACAACCGAAACAAAUUCUAACAACACUAGCCACCACAAAUUGGGACUUUUUCCUUUCCGGGCAACUGUCGACAAUAGAGUCAAAACAACUUCCGGUUGCUAUCUCAAACUUUUCUCUUAAACGAACAUAUUUAUCAACUCCAACCUUAUCCUAAACACCCUCACUUCUCUCGCUUUCAUCAAGUCUUCCUUCUUAUAAGUGAUAUUACAACUAUUUAGAACGUUCUGUUGCAGAGAGAAACAGAAACAGAUGAAGUCGAAAUUCGCAGAGCGCAUUCCGCUCCCUUCCUGAUGUACAUAGUAGUUCGUAAGCUCUGGAAUCAGAUUCGGAUUCGGAAAAUCCAGAUCCAGAUAAUGACACGCUGCUGGCUGAUCUGCCGAAAGUGUGGUGUAUAAUGAUCAAAAUGAUAAUAUAGCAAUACAUACAUAUGGCUCGCCUUAAUCUUUGUAGGAAUCAUUUUAUUUCCUUUCUUUGCUCUGAUCAGGUUUCAGCCGUUAGGCGCGCUAAUGUUAAGUUUUUAGCAAAUAAAUAAAAAUCCAAAAUGCUUUUUUCAAUAA